AUGUAUGAAAAUAAUUUUGCAACAAAUUCUAUAUACCUAUUGACUUUCAAUAUUAUUAAUUUCCUGCUUCUUUAAUUUGAAAUUGGAUAAAUAUAAGAUUAUCAGAAGUGCAGAUCCAAAAAGAAUAGGAGUAAAAAUAUCAAAAUAUAGAUUUAGGUAGAAAUAUUAAGAGAGCAAUGCUGGAUGAAAAGCGACAUAGAAAAAUAGAGAGAGAAAAAAAGUAAGAGAGAAGAAAUGGUCUGGGGGGAUUGAAAUCCAAAUUAGCUGUUGCUGUCGCAGUUCCUUGGAUGGAUAAAUUAUCCUUUGAUAUUAAAAGAUAUUAGAAUAGUUAUAAAAUCAAGGGGGUUUAUCUUUAAUUUCCAUUAUUGGAAACGUUAGAAUAGAAAACUCAAAGGGCUGAUUAAGUUUCCAAAUUUAUUAUUUAUAAUAAAAACAGUUUAAUAAAUAAGUAAAUAUAUGUUAUAAUAGUUUUAGAAAUUAAAUCCCAAACAUUUUCAGAGGGAAGGUUAAACCAAACAAAAAACUAACUAACAGCAACAACUAUCACAAUUAAAUUAACAACAAUAACAAUAAAAUAUCAAAAAAAACAACAACACAAACAAAAAUCUAAAAAAAAUACUAAACACUUAAUUAAAUAAUGUUUUGA